AGAGAGAGUUGAAUUAGAUUGUCGUACGUAGCUUCAACUUAACCGAAUAUUUUCUACAAAGCUUAUUUACGACGUUUCUCAUUGUCUAUGCUAUAGAUACGCAUCCCGAGCGAUACAUACGGUGUUAAGCAUUUACUGACAAAUGUAUAGUAAAAAUGAAGGAAAACGCUGUACUUAAGUGGCAAAAAGUGUACAAUCCUACUGGCCCCCAACCACGACCCCGACAUGGUCAUCGCGCGGUCGCCAUAAAGGAUUUGAUGAUAGUUUUCGGCGGCGGAAAUGAAGGGAUAGUUCACGAGCUUCACGUCUUCAAUACCACCACAAACCAAUGGUUCGUACCAGUCACCAAAGGCGAGGUACCUCCAGGAUGCGCAGCCUACGGUUUCGUAGUCGACGGAACGCGUCUUCUAGUUUUUGGCGGCAUGGUAGAGUACGGCAAGUAUUCGAACGACCUCUAUGAACUGCAGGCUUCCCGUUGGGAAUGGAAACAUCUGAAGCCAUUGCCCCCUAAACAGGGUCUCCCUCCAUGUCCUAGACUUGGUCACAGCUUCACUCUUCUCAAUGGUAAGGUAUACCUAUUUGGCGGUCUCGCCAAUAAGAGUGACGACCCAAAGAACAAUAUACCGAGUUAUUUAAAUGAUUUGUAUACUCUUGAACUCUAUCCUAAUUCAUCUAUGACAGUAUGGGACAUACCAUUGACGUAUGGCCAAUCGCCACCCCCCCGCGAAUCCCAUAGUGGAGUUGCUUAUACUGACAAAAAUACUGGAAAAUCUUCACUGAUCAUUUAUGGAGGCAUGAGUGGUUCACGCUUGGGUGACCUUUGGGUUCUAGACGUCGAUAGCAUGUCAUGGUCUAAACCUGAACUGGGAGGUGCUCCACCAUUACCUCGCUCUCUGCACACUGCAACUGUCAUAGGCCACCAUAUGUAUGUGUAUGGAGGUUGGGUACCGCUGGUGCCAGAUGAAUCAAAAUUAGCAACCCAUGAGAAGGAAUGGAAAUGUACUAAUACACUUGCUUCACUUAACUUGGAAACAAUGACAUGGGAUGAUAUAUCCCUUGACAACUUUGUAGAGAGUGUGCCCAGAGCUCGAGCUGGUCACAGUGCAGUUGCUAUACAAACCAGACUGUACAUUUGGUCAGGCCGAGAUGGCUACAGAAAAACAUGGAAUAAUCAGAUUUGUUGUAAAGAUUUGUGGUAUUUGGAGGUAGGAGUGCCUCCACAAGCUGGCCGUGUGGCCCUGGUCCGUGCUGGAACAACUUCGUUAGAGCUGUGCUGGCCCGCUAUGAAUACAAUAACUACUUAUCUACUGCAAGUACAGAAAUGUGGUAAGGUGACUCCAGCUCGCUUUCCAACAGCUGCUGAACCAGUUGCUGCUCCACCCCCACAAUCUCCAGUCGCUUCCCAGCCAGAUGCAGCUAAGGCUUUUGGCCUAUCUUCACCAAUUGCAAGUCUACCACCUCCCCCAGCAGAAGUACCUGCCCGAGCAACAGUUGCAGUUGCAUCAGCCGCUCCUACUACAAGCACACCUCAAAAAGUUGUUGCAGGUCCCAUUAAAGUACCGGGACAAACAGCAGUCAAGAUCUCUCCAAGUACACCUACCAUUAAGCAAGCAUACCCUGGCAAAACUGUAGUUAAAUCUCCUGCAGCUGGUUCAUCACAGCAAAUUAAGGUAGCGGCUGUAACCCCACAAGGUGUAACAAGGAUAGUGAGUGGAGUUGGUACUCCAGCUACAGUUCGUGUUUCAACACCUCAAUCAAAUGCACAGAUCGUUCUAGGGUCACCAGCAGGAGCCAGCACACCAAGAUUUGUGCAAGUCAAAACUGGUACUAGUGGAGGAGUGCCUGUGAAACUCGGAGCUGGCAAUGCAGUCAAGUUAGCUGGUAAUGCUGUACCUCUCAAGAUUGGCUCAGCAAACAUUCAAGGGAAGCUGGCUAACAGUGUACAAAAAGUUGGUACAGCGAAUGUCCCAUUGAAAUUGAGUGCAGGAAAUGUGAAAAUUGGUACAAGCAAUGUUUUGGUUAAAACAGCAGGUGGAGUUCCAAUACAAGCUGGUGUUCAGGCGAAAGUAGCGGCCGGCGUGCCCGUUAAACUUGGAGCUGGUAAUUUGCCUGUUAUCGGCAGCAGUGGAGGGACAAUCCAAAUAGCUAGUGGAGCUCUAACUGGCCAACAAGUAAAAGCCCCUGUAUACAAAAUUGUCACUGCGAAAUCAGGCGAAGCAACAGUCGUGACGUCAUCCGCAGCCGGUACAGCUACGGCGACGGGCGCUACGGUACUAAGACAAGCAGGGGGCAAUGCUGGCAUUCCAGUCAUCAUCAAAAAGACACCUGGUUCCAAUGCCCAAGCUAGCUCAGCACCUCAAUAUGUAACACUGGUUAAAACCUCAACUGGUAUGACUGUAGCUACAGUGCCGAAAAUGGCAAUGGUACAGAACAGAGCAGCAGUUGCCUCAGGCGGGGCACAAGCACAAGGAAUCGCCCCUGGGGCAACUAUUGUUAAACUAGUAUCGGCCAACACAGUAGGUGGUAAUAAAAUUAUCACUCUGCCGUCAAAUGUUUUGCAGUUAGGUAAGGCUGGAGCAGGGAAUAAGCAGACAAUAGUGAUUACGAAGUCAGCCAAUCAGACAACGCAACCUGGUCAACAACAGUGAGAAACCUUCCCUGCCGAGCCUCCAUGUGAAGUGUUUCCGAGUGUCUUAUCCGGCGCGUCGCGCCGAGUGAAUGUUGUGAUCACGUCUGCUCCUUAGUAAUGUAAAUUUUAUGAAACUAUAGUGAAUCAUUUGAACUAAUAGUUUUAAAUCAUAUGAGUUGUAUGUUAUGAAGGGUGUAGAGAUGUCCUCGUAUAGUUGUAAUUGAAAUAUUUUAUUUACUUGUAAUGUUAAUUUUUAAAUUUCUAUUUGUGCUUUGUAAUCGACUUGUGAUGAUCUGGACACUGUUGUUGCAUUAUCACUGGAAAUGUUUGGUUUCGUGCUCUGUCACAAAUGACUGCUUUGUGACCUACAUUUGGUAGACAUAAAAGUGCCUACAAAGCAGCUCAUUUCAUACUACUUGAAAUACAAAAUUGGCCAAUUGUUGAGUGUAUUUAGAUCUCCUAGCAUGAAAUACUGUGUAAUGUUAAAAAUCUUUAAUUUUAAACAUGAAUGCAAAUAUUUAUGAUCAUAUCAACUGAAAAUUCUAAUUGUAUUUUUUAUAUUUCCAAUUAUAUGAAGUGACUGGCUACAGGUACUGCUUAACUCAACAAUUUUAUUUUAAAUUUUUAGUCUUCCUCGCAGUGUUAUAUUGGAAUAAUAUUUUUGCAUAAUUUUUUAACAAAUAUAUUGAUAUUGUCAGAGAUACAAUGGUCAUAUUUUAAUUACUAAUAGUUCACCAAGUGCUCUAUUUUCAUAAGUAGCGAUGAUUAGUUUCAAUCACAAUAUAAUAAUAAUAUAUAAUGCACUAUUUAAGUUUUAUGUGACAAGCCAUUGUUAAUGUUGUGGUGUUUUGUUUCAAUUUAUUUGGGUCCGUGGUGAGUCUUGUGUGAUCUUGCAUAUAAUGUUGACUUCAGUCUGAGGCUAUUUUACGGUGACACUCCACUGAUCUGAAAAUAUAGCAUAUUCUAGUUUUGCUGACUAUGAUGGAUUGUAAAGCGUGCAUCCCUCUUUAUUUUCUGCACAUUAUAUAUGCAUUCACAUUGUUUAAAAACAAUUUCAGAUGGUUGACAAAAAGCUGUUUAAACCUAAUUUAAUUUUGUAACUUCUGUAUAAAUAAUGCUUUACUUUUCAUCAUGGUCAAAAACCUAUAUUUCAUAGGUGCAAUGAUUUUUGUGUGCACAUAAUAUUUCUGUAUUAAAUUAUAGAGGGUGCCACUUGGCGAGGGGCCCUUAAAAUCUGCAUGUACUCCAUAUAGUCUAACUGCAAUAUAACAAAUAUAAUUUUUAAAAACCCAACUUCAUUUUCAAAAAUUUGGAGCGAAGCGCUCAUAUAUGUAAAGGUGUGAAGUCUUUAAUUAUGUUUGUUUAUUUUGCAGUACACCCAAGACUUAGUGGGGAACUUCCAAAUUGUUUGAUAUAAUUUAUCAAUUAUUUUUUAUUAUGUAAGAUAAGCAAUUGACAUAAUAUAUAAAGAGAUGCAGAGUAUAUUUUCAUAUUUACAAAAUCUCAAUUACGUAAGGUAGAUGGCAGUGUGUCAAAUUAAUUGGAUUUUUUAUUUUUCUAUUUGAAGCAAAUGAAAACAUAUUCUGCAUAGGUUUAGGAUAAGUAUUUAGUUGUAUGUUAGUUUAGCGUUGAGUUAAGUGAGGAAUGGAAUGUAAAUAUCAUUAAGUAGGUAAUGUUAUAGUUUGUUCAUAAUAUUAUGUUCAUUUGCUUGAAUAAACGAUUUGGAUAAA